GCGGGGUUUGUUGCCAAGGUAACACGUAAACAAAGUUAUGGUUAUUUUUGAAAGCUAGGUGUAGUGAACAGGACAUCGACUGGAUAAAGGAUCCGUAACACAUAUGACUUUCUUCGGCUUGACCCAGCUGGGUUAUCAAAACCCAAUCGGUGAUAACAUGCUCAUAAAUCCCCGGGGAGUGCCUCCGUCUCAGGAUGACUGUUUUACAGUCAGAAGAGAAUUUCAGCCAUUGGUUAAAGAACAAGGAACCCUCAUAAACCCAGAAGUGACCAAAGUACUACUACAGCCUCAUUGCUACAGCGUUGAUGAUCAUCGAGGGAGUCAUCAGCGAUACGCAGAAAUGGUGAAAAAGGCUCAACCACCCAGGCUUCCCAACCAGCUGUAUGUAAUACCUCUGACAGAAAACCAGAAGUACGGAUGGAUGAGACACAUGAGCACUGAACCAUGGACCCAAUGCCAAAGGUUUCCUCAAAAAAUCAGCGAGAUGACAAGGUUCGUUGGUACAAUGACCUUGAUACACCGAGACUUCAGCUUGUUCUGACCUCCCUCAUGUUUUGGCUUCAUGAAGCAGAAGCUGUUGUUUUGAAAGUCAAAAAAAAAGCCUGCAACUUUUUGACUCUUCAAUCUUAUUUUAUUGAAUAAAAUUUAAUUACUUUGUUGUUCC